AUGUUGAUGCAACUCUCAGUGACCGGUCUUCGCACAUGUUCUAUAAUCUUGCGAAGAAUUUCCUUGCGAUUUCGCCAUUGCACCGUUGUGUGUUGCCGCAGCGUCUUCGCAGAGCUCGAUUCUCAAGUCAUGGCGGGCGCCUAUGGCGCCUCGGGCGCCUCGGGCGGCCCACCAGGUGCUCCAGCUGGAAGCGAAAUGGUCAAGUUGAACGUGUAUUCGCUCUCGGGUGGUCAACCUUUUGCUUACCAUUCUGGUGUCGAGGUCUUUGGUGGCGAGUACGUCUUUGGUGGUGGCAACACCUCCUUCAGUGGCGUUACGGUUCAGCGGCCGAAGGUUCCUCCAGCUGGGAGCGAUUGGACCUUCUACCAGACCAUUGACAUAGCUCCAUGUCGCCUGUCAAGAGAUGAUGCCAUGAGGGCUAUCCAAGAAUUGAGGGCUGAAUUUCCGGCUUCCGGUUAUGACCUGAUGGCUCGGAACUGCAAUCACUUUUCAGAAGCCUUGUGCCAGAGGCUCUGUAGUUGUGGAAUCCCAUCCUGGGUGAACCGUUUGGCUGGCAUCGGAAACGCCUUGCGCAGUGCUGUUGGGGGCGCACCAACAUCCACUGGACCUGCUCGUGCUGAGGGAGCUGGCGGUCCUGCUGCUGCAGGCUUAGUGGCGAGAACCACAGAUGGAGACCUGACAUCUGAAGUUGAUUGGAAAGCUGCUGGUGUGCUGAACGCAGUGGAAGACGAUCCAACUGAAGCUCUGCGGAACAGCGGUGUCACUUCAGAGGCUGGCUCUCCAGAAUUGCUGCUGCUACUGCCGUUCAUUGCGCCUGUGAAGAUGCAGAAGUUGGUUCUGGAAGCGCCGGACAAAGCUCAAGCACCCACGAGCCUGCGGUUGUUUGCCAACAACCCGAACCUUGACAUGGACGAUGCCAUGACGGGUGCAGCGACACAGGAGUUCCAAGACGUGUCUUGGACAUCUGGCGCUGAUGGACUGGUGGCCACGUUGGACGUGAACUUUCUGAAAUUUCAGAAGCUUAGCUUUCUGGCAAUCUGUGCCAGCGGCGAGGAUGAUGGAACCAUCAGCAUCCGCAAAGUGUCUCUGAGUGGCAGGGCAUAA